AUGAUGACGACCUGUACCUACAAUGAACGUACACAUGCAUCCGAAUACUCGAUAGUAGACUUGCUCAUGCAAGCAAGAAGGAUAAGGUACGACGUCAUCGGCCUGGCCGAGACGAGACGACGCCACCCAUUCAACGCCGCCUAUAACACCGGAGAAGAACUGUUCCUCGGAUCAUGCGAUAGUAGAGGAGUCGGCGGCGUCGGCUUUCUCGUCAACACGAGCUCGUCCAUGAACAUCGAUUCAUUCGAACAACUUCCAACCCGAAUCGAACGUUUACGAUACGAUUUAGAGACGCGAAUAAAUACAGCCUUCACAAUCUUCGUCGUUUACUCGGCGACAGCAAGCUAUGACGAAGAAGAAGUUGAAGCGUUCUAUAUGGACUUGGAGAAGUUCUACAGAGAAGACCAUACAUUCUUCAAGGUCAUCGUUGGAGAUUUCAACGCCAAGAUUGGACCAAGAAGAACGUCGCAUUGGGACCCACGGAUUAGAGUGAAACGUAUAGGGUGA